AUGUCAGACGACAAAACAUUUCGCACGUCUCGACUGACCUUCAAGGGGUACAAUAACGAUUUCAUCACGUCCAUCUCUGCACCAUUUCUUCACCUGGUGGAGGGCGUGUACCAAUACGCUCGAAUCGACCACUACUAUAUCUGCAUCCUUGUCACCCCUGGCCUCCUGGCUCGAUUUUCUGGGUUUUUGCACCUUGGCCUCACUGUGCUCUCUUUCAGGUGUAUGGUUGAUAACACCGCGACGUGGCCGCGUCAACUUGAAGCUAAGGCUCAUCAAUGCCGCGUCACAUGCGUGUCACGCCGCGUCAAGAUAGCUACUUACUCAGCAUAUGCCAUUCUACAGUUAAUUCGAUUUGGUCUGCCCAGGGAAGACUUCCCUUUUACCACCAUGAGCGCGUCUCUGAACGCUCAACCGGGCACGAGCUCGAAAACAAAACCACAUGUCAUCAUCACGAUCGGGAUGGCGGGGGCUGGCAAGUCCACCUUCGUGCAGCGCAUUACCUCCUACCUCCACUCGCAAAAUCCUCCACAACCGCCAUACAUCCUAAACCUUGACCCAGCGGUUACUCAUGUGCCAUUCGAGGCCAACAUUGAUAUCCGGGAUACUGUAAACUACAAAGAAGUCAUGAAACAGUAUAACCUAGGACCGAACGGUGGCAUUUUGACUGCCUUGAAUCUUUUUACGACGAAAUUUGAUCAGGUUCUGGAGUUGGUCGAGAAGAGGGCUGACACAGUUGAUCACAUAAUUCUUGACACUCCGGGGCAAAUUGAGAUUUUUACUUGGUCAGCAUCUGGUGCUAUCAUCACGGAUGCCGUUGCUUCCUCGUUUCCCACUGUGGUGGCGUACAUCAUCGACACCCCACGGACGACAGCUCCAGCGACAUUCAUGUCUAACAUGCUGUAUGCCUGCAGUAUUAUGUACAAGACAAAAUUACCAUUCAUCCUGGUCUUUAACAAGACGGACGCACAACCUCACGAUUUUGCUAUCGAAUGGAUGCAAGAUUUUGAGGCAUUUCAAGUCGCUCUUGCGUCCCAUUCAGGAUCGAGGGACUCUGAAGGUGAACCGACUUAUAUGAACAGUUUGAUGAAUAGCAUGAGUCUCGUUUUGGACGAAUUCUACAAACACCUCAAGGCUGUCGGCGUCUCAAGUACAACAGGUGCCGGUAUCAAGGAAUUUUUCGAUGCGGUGGAGGAGUCUCGUGAAACAUAUAGGACUGAAUAUCUCCCAGAACUUGAACGCGCCCGCGCGGCACGGGAAAAAUCACUGCAGGAUAUAAAAGAGGACUCAAUAAAUCGCCUGAUGAAAGAUCUUGCCGUUGAUCGUGCGGCAAAUCCCAAGGCAGCCGCAGAAGACCGCUGGGCGUCAGACGAGGAAGAUAUCGAUGAUGACGACGAGCUGGAAGUCAACCUGAUCGAUCGGAGUGAAGAACCAUAUCCUGGCCAAUACAUCGACGUCACGCGUAUGCGAGGACACAGUGAGAACAUAAACUGGCCGAACCCGGGAUGA